CAGUCAGCUACGCAAGGCUGCGCAAGCAGAGGCAGCACCAAACAGGACCCAACAGCCUCCUGAAACUUGGGGAGUGGACACCACAGCUUUGACCACCCAAGGCACCGCUCCUGCUCCAAAGCUUGUAACUCCAUUUUUCAUCUGAGACCUCUGCUUAGCCUGUGCCCCAAGGAUGGAACUGCUGAUAGGAGUAAAAAUUGGCUGCCUAUUUGCCCUGCUGGCUCUCACCCUCGUCUGUGGCCUUAUUCCCAUCUGCUUCAAAUGGUUCCAGAUUGAGGCAGCCACAGGUCAUCGCCGCCGGGUCCUCAGCCUCCUGGGCUGCGUUUCCGCAGGUGUUUUCCUGGGCGCGGGGCUCAUGCACAUGACUGCUGAGGCCCUGGAGGGAAUCGAGUCAGAGAUCCAGAAGUUCAUGAUGCUGAACAGGACAGAGAGUGAGGGUUAUUCCUCUGGUGAUGCUAAUUCAUCUUAUACAGACUAUCCCUACGGAGAGCUCGUCAUCUCCCUGGGUUUCUUCCUCAUCUUCCUUCUGGAGUCGCUGGCAUUGCAGGGCUGUCGUGGAGCCGAUGGAGGAUCAAAAGUGCAGGAGGAGGAGAUGGGCGGGGCUCGUGUCCUUGGACUGCACAGUCACGGACCUAUCCCCUCACCCUCUCAGAGUCCCUUUCGAGCCCUCGUCCUCUUGCUCUCACUCUCCUUCCACUCAGUGUUUGAAGGCCUGGCCGUGGGGCUGCAGGCAACAGUAGCAGCCACCGUGGAGCUCUGUCUGGCUGUCCUGGCUCACAAGGGGCUCAUAGCGUUUGGGGUGGGACUGCGGCUGGUGCAGAGGGGCACUGGAUCACGAUGGGCUGUGUUCUCCAUACUGUCAUUUGCUGUCAUGUCCCCCCUGGGCCUAGCCCUGGGGCUGGCUGUGGCUGGAGGAAAUGCUGAUGGGGGCCGAGGCUUAGCCCAGGCUGUGUUAGAGGGUGUGGCAGCCGGCACCUUCUUAUAUGUCACCUUCCUAGAAAUUCUGCCCCGGGAGCUAGCUGGUCCCGAGAGCCCUCUGCUCAAGUGGGGCUGUGUGGCUGCUGGUUUUGCCUUCAUGGCCGUUAUUGCUUUGUGGGCCUGAGAGGUUCCUGACUUUCCUGCAGACCCAUCUAGAAGGGUGUCCCUACCACCAGCAGACACUGCUCAGAUGGCUUUGGCCCUCAGACAUUUCUUCGCUGAGACUAAGCAGAGUUCACUAGGCAUCAUCCCCAUGAACUGGGUCCCGGGUUUUCCUCAUGAGAUGCCUCUGCUCCUCCAGGACUCAGAACAGGAUGUGUACGUUUGUUUUGGUUGAGUGUUUAUACUCUGGAGAAUUGGUACAAAGACCACCGCUCCAAAUUUGACUCUUGUUCCAUUUUUGCUGCUAUGUGUAAUAAAACGUCCACUUUCCCCUCCCCCUUCAACCAUGCUGUACUUCAUUCCCCCAGGUUACUGAAGAGCUGCCCCAUGGAGUGGGAAGGGCGAGGGUUGGAUGCAGUCUCCUCCCCUGGAAUCAGGGCCCCCAGACACAGCAGCAUUGCUGAAAUUCCAACCACCGGCUCUCACCUUGCCUACAGGGGUUGAGGUUCUGAGCCAGAGUUCCCGGCAUUUAGAGACGAAGAGGUGUAAAAACAAAACAUGGGGAUCUAGGUAUUUUUCCUACACCAACCACACCCACUCCGCGCCCAGUACCAAUUAUCAGCCACCCACAUGUCCCGCAGACUCUUGAGCUCCGGCUCCACGGAGCCUCCUUCCAUCUGGUUUCUGUUUUUCACACUGAGCCCUGUGUGACCUCAGGGACGUGAUGUC